AUGGCGGCAAGAUUGCAGCAAUUACAGUCCAAGGCAUGUCAAGCGUCGCAGUUUGUGGGGAAGCAUGGAUCUACGUACUACAAACAGUUGCUGGAGCAGAACAAACAGUACAUUCAGGAGCCACCUACCGUGGAGAAAUGCAACCUGUUGUCUAAGCAGUUGUUCUACACUCGACUCGCUAGUAUUCCUGGUCGAACGGAGACAUUCUGGAAGGAACUUGAUUUCGUCAAGAAUGCAUGGAAGAACAGGAAAGAUCUGAAGGUUGAGGAUGCUGGCAUUGCUGCUCUGUUUGGGCUGGAGUGCUUUGCAUGGUUUUGCGCUGGUGAGAUUGUUGGAAGGGGAUUUACAUUCACUGGUUACUAUCCAUGAGAAGAACCACCACAUGGGCAGAAGUGCUGGGGAGAUCGAUAUUUCAUAUUUGUAUGGUUUCUUUCAAACAUUUAGGGUGAUUUAAAUCACUGGUUCUCUACAUGAAAGAUUGAGUUUUCCCGAUUUUUUGAAAGUUGAGGAAUCAAUACUAAGGUCGGUCUGGUCAAUAAUCCUCAAAAUCGGAAAUGAGUGAACUGUGUAGUCAUUCUAUCUUGAAGCUACUGCUACUUGUGAUUGUCAGAGUUCUGAUCCAGGUUUCUAUCUGCUUUUACACAAUCUUUUGCUUAUUCUCUAAA